AUGAAAACAAGACGAGGGCGUCAAAAAAGAAAGAAGGUUAAGAGGCGAAACUGUUUGGAAGCUGCUGUGGGCAGGGACGACCCUCCUUGAUACAAGAGACCCCUCUAUAUAAUCCUAGCCCUGCGCCGCACCCAGGGACUGUCGCAAAUCGGCCUGGUAGCCUUUGGCGUAGGAGACCGAUUAUCGUUCACCUACGACGCCCCUGCCAAAGAGGAGUGCCGGAAGAGGCCAUUGUCCAUCGGAGCUGAUGUAACGACACACGAAGAAGCGGUAGAGGGCAGCAGGGAGGGGAAGCAGUAUAUAGUGUCCGCUCCAGGCUACAUCCGCUAG